UGAGACCCCUAUAAAUCUCACUGUCUCUCUCCAUUCACUUUCAGCUUCCUCACAACUUCUUCUUCUCUCUUUCUUCUCUUUCUCUCUCUGAAAGAACACGCAGGGAGUAUGAAGAACCGAAGCUCCAGCAAGAUCUCCGCAAAAUGGAUUCCCAUUUUCUGCAUACCCUCUUUCUUUCUCGGCAUGCUGAUCACCAGCAGCAGAAUGUGGGCAGUACCUGAAUCGAACGGUCAGCUCAUUUCGACUCGUCGUCAAGAGCAAGAGCUUCAAAUUGUAUCUGAAGAUUGCGAAACUAAGAAGAAGCUUGGACAAGAGAAGGAUGUGAUGAGCGAAAUCUACAAAACCCACGAGUCAAUUCAGCACAUCAGAUCUCUAGACAAGCAAAUGGCGUCAAUUCAGAUGGAACUAGCGGCAGCUCGGAGUUCUAAAGAGAUGGGGGUCUCUGAUGACUCCACCGCCACGUCAGUAUUGCAGAAGGACAAUUCAGCCAAGAAGAAAGCAUUUAUUGUUAUUGGAAUUAACACUGCUUUUAGUAGUAGGAAGCGGCGAGAUUCGGUUAGAGAGACUUGGAUGCCUCAAGGGGAAAAGCUACUACAGUUGGAGCGUGAGAAGGGGAUUGUUAUCCGUUUCAUGAUUGGCCACAGUGCAACAUCCAACAGCAUUUUAGAUCGAGCCAUUGAUUCAGAAGAAUCUCAACACAAGGAUUUCCUCAGGCUGGAACACGUUGAAGGUUAUCAUGAGUUGUCUGCCAAAACAAAAACUUUCUUCACCACUGCAGUUGCAAAGUGGGAUGCUGAUUUUUAUGUCAAGGUGGAUGAUGAUGUACAUGUCAAUUUGGGCAUGCUAGCUUCAACUCUUGCCCAUCAUCGUUCAAAGCCUAGAGUAUACAUUGGCUGCAUGAAAUCUGGACCUGUUCUUGCUCAAAAGAGUGUUAAGUACCAUGAACCAGAGCACUGGAAGUUUGGUGAGGCGGGAAACAAAUACUUCCGACAUGCAACUGGACAGAUUUAUGCAAUCUCCAAGGAUCUAGCUACAUACAUCUCCAUUAACCAACCCAUAUUGCAUAAGUAUGCCAAUGAAGAUGUGUCUCUUGGUUCGUGGUUCAUUGGUCUUGAAGUUGAACACAUUGACGAGCGCAAUAUGUGUUGUGGCACUCCACCAGAUUGUGAGUGGAAGGCACAGGCAGGUAAUGUGUGCAUUGCAUCAUUUGAUUGGAGCUGCAGUGGUAUCUGCAAGUCAGUGGAGAAGAUUAAAUUUGUUCACGAAAAGUGUGGUGAAGGGGAUGCAGCUGUUUGGGGUUCAUUGUUCUAGAUCACUUCCCUUUGUAGGGUCUUUGCUCUGAAAACAAACAAGUACAUACAAACCGUUCAAUUGUGAUCACAUCAAAUGCAGUAACAGUAUUGAGAUUAUAGUGGAGGUGGACAUGUCCAAGAUAUUGCUUCUUUGACUGUCAGGGAAGACUUGACGAGCCACUGCUCAAGUUGUGCCGAAACUGUUCAUCUGAAGUGUUGACGUGAAUUUGAAGACACCAUUUGUGUUUCAAUAUGUCUUCCGAUUGUAAUUCAGCGAGGUAGGAUAUAAGGGUAUUUAUACAAAUUAAUAGUUCAUUUAUUUUAUUACAGUUUUACAUAGGGUGAGAUAUGUUGUUAUGUAUUCCGUCCUUCCACUGUUACAGUAGAAUUACUAAUGUAAUGCACAAAAUAGAAACAACAUUGCUUUCGCUACAUUUUUCUUGUUAUGUGAUGACACUGAGAUUGAUGGAUUUCCUAUUUCUGAA